AUGGUAUUCAAGCGCUAUGGGCGCGUGGCCUACAUCUCCUUCAGGCCCCACGCCAGCAAGCUGGUGGCUAUUCUGGAUGUCAUUGAUCAGAACAGGGCUUUGGUUGAUGGCCCAUGCAGUGGUAUGAGGAGGCAGGCUAUGCCAUUUAAGUGUAUGCAGCUUACAGACUUCGUUCUCAAGUUCCCACACAGUGCUAAUCAGAAGUAUGUCCGGGCUGCUUGGGAAAAAGAAAAGAUCAAUACAAAAUGGAAAGCCACAAGAUGGACCAAGAAGAUUGAAGGCAGAGAAAGGAAAGCCAAGAUGACAAAUUUUGACCAGUACAAAGUCAUGAAAGCCAAGAAAAUGAGAAACAGAAUUAUCAAGCACGAAGUGAAGAAGCUCCAGAAGGCAUCUACCCAGAAGGGCUCUCUUAAGAAGGGAACUGCCCAGAAGGCGCUUGCCUCCAAGGUCUCUGCCAAGAAGAUCCCCUCUAAGAAGGCUGAGGGCCAGAAGCAGGGGCAGAAAGCUGCAGGCCAGAAGGCCCCUGCCAAGAAGGGACCUGCUCAGAAGGGACCUGCACAGAAGACUCCAGCCCAGAAAUCAGCUGCUUCAAAGGCCAAAAAAUAAGAGGCUGCCAGAAAUCAAAUAAAGAUUUUACUAUAU